GUCGAUCUCGUUCUCUCAUUUGUGCCUGGUAUUCGAUAAGACUUGCCGUCUCAGGUUACCUCGCCUCUUACAUUUCACCUUCCCAACAAGGCAAUCAAAACACCAUCUUAGCAAUGGCGUCCAAGCCGUCUACCUGCUGCGGCAAGAGCGCCGAGUGCGUUUGCGCCCAGCAAGCCACCUGCUCCUGUGGCGAGCAGCCUGCUCUCCACUGCAACUGCGAGAAGGCCAGCACCGAGAACUCUGUCGAGGGUGCCCGCUGCUCGUGCCGCGCCCGUCCCACCGGCCAGUGCAACUGCGCGCGCGCCGAAACCGAGAACCAGAAGCCCAGUAGCAACGCCUGCGAUUGUGGGCUCCGUGCCUCUGACUCUUGCACGUGCUCGAAGGCUGCGGAUGGUGGUUAUAACCCGUCUGAGCACGAGACGGAUUUCACCACCAAGAAAUAAAUCUCUGGAUCUUCUUGGGGCAGGCACAGACAUCGUCGGUCUGCGCCCGACGGUACGGCGUCGGUGUUACGGAGUUACAGGGCAUUUCAGGGUUUGUGGCAGCGACUAGACGGAGAGGUUGCGGGAGGGGCUAGUGUGCGUUUAACAAUCGGGAAAAUGGCGGGAAACAGGCACACAAUGAUGUUCGAUCACGACACCGAUGAUUUCAAUGCAGGAACCGGCUUCGAUACUUCGUCCAGGCCCAAUUGUUCUGAUGGUGGCUUCGCCGAUUCUACGCCCCAGAGGACGACACAUACGGCGAUCUUUCCCGGCUGCGUUCCGAAAUCUUUCUGCAUCGAUGUGACUCCUGAGCGCGAAGAGGAGGCCGAGUGUUAGUAUCUCCGCCUGCUCUACAGCUCCCUAGGGAAGCCAUGGCGUAUCGCCGGUCGCGUCAAACGUCGAGGCAAGAGGGCACAAAGAAUCAGCCAAAUAUCGGGUUGCAUGCACAUUUGAUGAAAGCGACCAGCGAUAGACUUGUAGCGACUUUCAGAGUAAAAGCUUAAUGGAAGGGGGUAAUCCCAAGCCAACUUGGAAAACUG